AUGUCGAUUCCGGAGGAGCAGGCCGUGGCCUUCAAGAACCAGGGCAACAAGGCGUUUUCUGCCCACGAUUGGCCCACUGCCAUUGAGUUUUACACCAAAGCCAUCGAGUUGAACGACAAGGAGCCCACAUUCUUCACGAACCGCGCCCAGGCAAACCUCAAGUCCGAAGCUUACGGAUAUGCCAUUGCGGAUUGUACGAAAGCGAUCGAGUUGAACCCCAAGUUUGUCAAGGCAUACUUCCGUCGAGGUCUCGCACACACAGCCAUUCUCAGGCCCAAGGACGCCCUCGUAGACUUCAAGGAAUGCAUAAAGCUCGACCCGAAUAACAAGGAUGCCAAGCUCAAGUUGGAUGAGUGCAAAAAGAUUGUGCGCAAGUUGGAUUUCUAUGCUGCCAUUGAAGUGGGCGACGAGCCGUCGGCUGCGGAGGGUCUUGACGUUGAUUCUAUCAACGUCGAGGCAGACUAUGAUGGUGUCAGAUUGGGAAGCGAGAUGACGCAGGAGUUCAUUGACGACAUGACGGAGAGGUUCAAGACUGGCAAGAAGAUCCACAGGAAAUACGUUUACCAGAUCAUUCUGGCCGUCAAGAAGCUCGUCUAUGAUGAGCCCACCAUGGUGGAGAUGGAGGUUCCUGAGGGUGUUCAGCUUACCGUCUGCGGUGACACUCACGGCCAGUACUUCGAUUUGAUGGAACUGUUCCGCUUGAACGGAACACCGAACGACAAGCACUACUACCUAUUUAACGGUGACUUCGUCGACCGUGGAUCUUGGUCAACCGAGAUUGCUCUCCUGCUUUACGCUUACAAGUGGCUGAGACCCAAGGGUUUCUUCCUGAACCGUGGCAACCACGAGACAGACGACAUGAACCGAGUGUACGGCUUUGAGGGAGAGUGCAAGGCUAAAUACAACGAGAGAAUCUUCAAGCUGUUCUCCGAGAGUUUCUCAGCCCUGCCCCUCGCCACCCUGAUCGGAACCAAGUACCUUGUCCUGCACGGUGGUUUGUUCUCGGACGACAAGGUAACUUUGGACGAUAUCCGCAAGCUCGACAGGCACGCCCAGCGCCAGCCUGGCCAGUCCGGUCUCAUGAUGGAGAUGCUGUGGACGGAUCCUCAGGACGAGCCUGGCCGUGGCCCGAGCAAGCGUGGCGUUGGCAUGCAAUUCGGACCCGACGUUACGAAGCAGUUCUGCGAGAACAACGGUCUCGAGGCGGUCAUUCGCAGUCACGAAGUCCGCAUGGACGGAUACGAGGUGCAGCACGACGGACGUUGCAUUACUGUCUUCUCCGCCCCCAAAUACUGCGAUUCCACCGAGAACCGGGGAGCCUAUAUCAACAUUGGCCCCGACUACAAGUUACAGUUCAACCAGUUUGAUGCCGUACCUCACCCGGAUAUCAAGCCCAUGGCAUACGCCCAGAGCUCUCUCAUGUCGUCUCUGAUGUAA